AUGAACGGGGUCCUGAUACCCCAUACGCCCAUCGCUGUGGACUUUUGGAGCCUGCGCCGGGCAGGUUCCGCGCAACUUUUCUUCUUGUCCCAUUUACACUCGGACCACACCGUGGGCUUGUCUAGCACCUGGGCCCGGCCCCUGUACUGCUCCCCAAUCACUGCCCACCUCUUGCAUCGGCGCCUACAGGUAUCUAAGCAGUGGAUCCGAGCCCUGGAGGUUGGUGAGAGCCACGUACUGCCUCUAGAUGAAAUUGGGCGAGAGACCAUGACUGUAACCCUCAUGGAUGCCAAUCACUGCCCUGGCUCUGUCAUGUUUCUCUUUGAAGGAUACUUUGGAACCAUCCUCUACACAGGUGAUUUUCGAUAUACACCGUCCAUGCUAAAGGAGCCAGCACUGAGAUUGGGGAAGCAGAUCCAUACGCUGUACCUAGAUAACACCAAUUGCAACCCAGCCCUAGUUCUUCCUUCCCAACAAGAAGCUACCCGCCAGAUUAUCGAGCUCAUUCGAAAGUACCCAGAACAUAACAUAAAAAUUGGACUCUACAGCCUGGGAAAGGAGUCCCUGCUGGAGCAGCUGGCCCUGGAGUUUCGGACAUGGGUGGUGUUGAGUCCUCGACGCCUGGAGUUGGUGCAGCUGCUGGGUCUGGCAGAUGUGUUCUCAGUGGAGGAGAAUGCUGGCCGCAUCCAUGCCGUGGACCACACAGAGAUCUGCUAUUCCACCAUGCUGCACUGGAACCGUACCCACCCUACCAUUGCUAUCCUUCCCACAAGCCGGAAGAUCCACCGCUCCCACCCUGAUAUCCACAUCAUCCCUUACUCUGACCAUUCUUCCUACUCUGAGCUUCGUGCCUUUGUGGCAGCACUGAAGCCUUUCCAGGUGAUGCCCAUUGUCAGUAAACAGCCUUGUAGGCACUACUUUCAGGACAGCCUGAGCCCCAGGCUCUCUAUGCCCCUAAUUCCAGAUUCUGUGCAGCAAUACAUGAGUUCUUCCUCUAGAAAACAGAGCUCCCUCUGGCUGCUAGAAAGGAGGCUAAAGAAGCCAAGAACCCAGGGUGUUGUGUUUGAAUCCCUUGAGGAAAAUGCUGAUCAAUGUCAGCCUGACAGGGACUCAAAGACGAUGAAGAAAGAGAACCUUUGUCCCAGGCUUAGGGACCUUGAGAAGCAGCCCUCCUUCUGUGCAUUGCAAAUCAAGAAGCAGUUGUUGCCAGACCACUACAGCAAAGAAUGGGGUGGGGUCGUCCCUAUCUCUGAGUCUCAGGGGAUGGUAACUGUGGUGACUGCUCCUUUUGGCUUGUCAGUGCAGUUAAAGUCUACAGAUGAGGAGUUUAUCUCUCCAAAAACUAAAGAUACUUGUUUAGGGCCCUACUUGAUUCUCAGUGGAGACAAUCAUGGCCCAGCAACCACAAAGAACCAGAGCACUUGGAUGGCUCCCUUGUCUCCCAGCAGCAGGGCUGCCCCUUUUCUGACUACUGAGUUAAGGGGCCUGGCACUAAAGUACCUCCUGACUCCAGUAAACUUUUUCCAGGCAGAGUUCUCUUCCAGGAGCUUUGACCAGCAAGUGGAAAAAUACCAUAGAACCCUUGCUGAAGUACAGAGAGUACAGAAUGAUAACCUUGUUUGA